CCGCAGGCAGCAUGUCUCAGUCGUGUUGUUUGCUCCAUUGAGGAAGAUCUCGCACCUGCAGUUAUCUGCCGGCGGUGAGACAUACUCGACGUGAUCCACCAUGUGCAAGAGGGCCGGGUGCUUGCAGUGAGGUGGUGUUGUGUAACAUGGCUGGUGGAUGCGUGCGCGAUGCAUUGGAGCAAACGGCGCGCGUUCUUGCCAAACACGGGCAUCUCGCCUUCACUUUUGAAGACUUGCUGCCUGCUGUCUGACUUCUACCCUCCAUCGGCACCGACUCAGUAUCAAAAGAUACAAAAGACCAAGACGCCUGUUAUGGCUCCACAAGACACCGUCGCUACCGUCGCAAGUACACCACAUCAAAUCGCCCAGAACAUCGCGGCGGCGAAAGGAGACCCCGCCUUCACUUCGGGCAUAGUCACAAUCGCGAUUCUCGUACACAACGAAGACAACGAAAUCCUUGUACAGAAUGAUUUCGACCUGACUGCUUCCCCAUCUCUGGCCGUCACCCAUUUUCCGACCCACUACGUCGACCUUCAGCCGUUUGCUGCUGAUGAGGAUGCAGACAUAUCUCUGAAGUCUCUCACAGAAGAUGCAAUUACCUCCAUGCUCGGCCCUAUUGAGGUCGAAAAUAUGACGGUCCUUUGCACUGUUGGCACAGUCUCGCCGAUCAGAGGCGCCGAGAUCUUCGCCUUUGUCGCCAGUCAAGUGGACUCCUCUCACGUCCCAGAUGUGCUCAUUGGUGACAUGCAUUGGCUGCCGGAAGCAAGUCUCCAGAAAGUUGACCUUCGUGCCAUUGUCUCACAGCUCGGUGGUGACAGCGUGGGCAACCUGCUCCGCGCACGCGAAGCUUGGAAGGAGGAUUUGGACUCUUCUCUUGACAGUGUCCCGGACCUGGUUCGCAGUCUGCCAUCGGCAUCAUCAGCAACGGUCACGCGCACAGGCUUGACAUUUUGGGACGGCGAUAUCGAGUCUUCUGAAGACACUGGCUAUGAACGUGAUGCUGAGAGCUCGACCGACACCGAUAGCACAUUGGAUGCCAUCGACCGUGACCAGGAACGAUCACAUGCCAAGGUCGAAGAUCUGCUCGAUGACCUAGAAGAGGUUGUGGAAGGUGUCGUCUACGGCAAUGAAUCUGCAAAACAGUCGCAGCGUCAACACUCCAAGAGCGCCUUCGGUGUCAAGGUAACUGACGACGAUGAAGUUGAUGGAAACUACAACACGUCCAAGCCGAUCAGUCGUCGUACCUUCCAGCCCGAUCCAGUUAUCACCCGUGGAUGCCGCCAGCCACGCAAGCAGCAGAAGAACCCGCCGCUCAUGGUUGACCCGUCGUAUCACUGGGCCGGUCCUCGCUUCGCACUACCUGCGCAGAAGGUGGACGGUCGGCGUUUCGUGACCAAGCUUAACAAGACUGGAAUCUCGACGGCGACGGACAAGGCUGUCACCAAGGGCAAGCUCAUGUGGGAGGACUUGCCUAAGGUUUCGAGUGAGAACCGAUUGGUCAGACGGUGAUUAGAGGCCUGGGUAUCAAGAUAUGGAUGAGGAGGCAUGGCUACAUGCUGAUUGACAGUUCGUCGCCACGUAUGCCCGCGAGGCUUGGCCAGGGCCGAGAUAUCGAACGCACAAUGUGUGCGCAAAUUUGCACCACGUAUCGCUGGCGUAUCGGGCUGUAAGCAUAAGACACGGAAUUCAAAACAAGUACCACUGCCCAUUCCCCUCAAACACGUAGGAUCCCGUGCGCUGACGACGUCGGGAAAACCUAAUCACACAUCAUUGCCUCGUCCCAAGGCCAUAUGGGAUGGCAAAGAUUGAGUGAUCUGCCGGUUAUCGAUCUGGGGGAGAUGGAGAGAGGAGAUGGUAGCUGAUACUGAUGCUGCUGAAGUUUUACAUUCUGAAUUCUACGAUUCUGGAACGCUGAUUGUGCGUUGUGCGACUAUUUCGGCCACUGACCAACUUCGUCGCAACAGAAAACUUGCCCCCAACACGCACUGCUCUUGGGCUUUGCUCCACUCGUCGCUCCAAAUACCAAAUCGUCACUACCUGCCCCAUUUCUCGAGCCACCAGGC